AUGGAAACUUCCACAACCGUCUUAGACAUACAACAACCUUUGAAGUACAAUCAGACCGAUCCCUCAUCCUCAGAUGUCAUUCCAAAGAAUUACGGUCAAGAUGACAUCAAGCCACGGCCGCAAACGAUGCACGAAGAUAAGUUAUUACGGAUGCAAGUUACCAAUGUUGAAGUUCCAGAUCCGCUAUUUACUGUAGGUGAUGAUCAUGGUCUGUUGGCUCUUAAAGACGCACCCGGAUUUCGUAGAUAUCAGCCCAGGAACCGAGAUCAGCAAAAAACGGCAAUUACGCCUUCGAUUUCCGCACCAGUUCCUGUUUUAGAUGAUACAUCUUUGUCUGACCAAACAAGAGAAGAAAAUACUUAUGCGAUUAUCGACAAUAAACACAAUGGUGCACUUGUCAAACCUCUCGAAAGGACUUCAGGUUCAAGGCCUGCACUAGAGAUGAGCAUGUAUAUCUUACUCGGGCUGUUUGCCUUAGUUGGCUUGGUGUUCGCCGUCAACUGUGGAGCUGUUGUAGCUCGCUAUCGGUGGGAGCGCAUGGGACAAUUAAGGGAACUGCUAAGGACAGAGCGAUUUACACCAUCUACGCCAGAGGACGGUUGUCAUUCGGAUUCGAAGCCAGCUGACAACAACUGUGAAAGCAAUUUGUUCAAUGUGCCAAACGUGACCACGACAAUGCGAGAGAAGCUCAGCCUAAUGAAAAAUUGGAAAGCAAGCUUGUUUUCAGAGAGGAGAAAGCAAAAA